GGCGCCAGGCUGGUUGCUAGCCGCCGCCGCUCGCCCCUGCGGACAGCGCUUUAUUGUCACCCACGGCGGAGGCCGCUCCAGCCCCGUGGGGCCCCGGGUGGCUCUGCAGCCGCACCCGCCAGGCCGAGCCCACGGGCCCUGCGCCCCAGGCUGGGUCCGCGCAGGGUUAGCCUGGUCCACCAUGAAAGGUUCACGGACCAUCACUGCCACUCCUGAAGGCAGUCCAGAAGGUGUGGACUUGAGUCUGAUUGGCCUCCCUCCGCCCAUGUCCCAGCGGCCCGGCAGUGCCUCUGCCACAAAGUCUAUUUUCCGUUCCAUGUCUGUGGCCACAGGCAGCGAGCCAAGAAAAAAGGCACUGGAGGCCACUGGGCCUGGAGGCCCCCGAGCUAUCAACAAUCUUCGAAGAUCUAACAGCACUACACAGGUCAACCAGUCAUGGACGGGCUCCCCCAGGCCAGCAGAGCCCACCGACUUCCUGAUGCUCUUUGAGGGCAGCACCAGUGGAAGAAGAAGGGUGGCCAGUCUUAGCAAGGACAGCGAGAAGGGAGCCACGUGGGACGUCCUGGAUGACCAGCCCAGGGGCUUGACUCUGCUAGCCAGUGCUCAGAGUCCCAGCACCCUUGACUCUGCCUUGGGCCCGCGGAGGAAGGAGUGUCCACUGGCACCCAGCUUCACUGCUAACAACAGGAGCAACAAAGGAGCUGUGGGCAACUGUGUCACCACCAUGGUGCACAACCACUAUGCCUCCUCGAAGACGGUGUCGCCCCCCAAGAGCUCCAACCAGACAGCCCCCUCCCUCAACAAUAUUGUAAAGGCAGCAGCCCGUGAGGGCGGUGAGGGCAGCGACUUGGGGAAGCCUGGGAAGAACGUCUCCAGUGCCAGUCAGUCCGCUCGGGGCACCACCGGCCUGCUGAGGCGGAGGGAGGUGACUGAAGAGGAGGCCGAGAGGUUCAUCCAUCAGGUAAACCAGGCUGCAGUCACCAUCCAGCGCUGGUACCGCUGCCAGGUACAGAGGCGCCGAGCGGGAGCAGCAGCCCUCGAGCACCUGCUGGCAUCCAAGCGACAGGGGCAGAGGCAACGGUUGGGAAGUGGGAACCUUCUGGAACUGCACCGGCAGGAGGAGGCGGCAAGGAAGAAGGCCCGGGAGGAGAAGGCUCGCCAGGCCAGGCAGGCAGCCAUUCAGGAACUACAACAGAAACGAGCCCAGAAGGCAAGUGAGGCCGAGCACAGGCGGCCUAAGGACAGGUCAGAGACCCGAGCACCGGAGCAGCCUCGACCUACACAGGAGCCAGGCUGUGUCACACACCCUAAGGCCAACAACACUGGUGCCAGCAUCCACCCCACAGGCCCCGCAGACCCCUGCCCUCCUGCCUCCGAAUCCUCCCCAGAGCCGUGGCAGUCUCCAGAGGAAAAGCCACAGGACAUCCAUUCCCAGGGGGAAGCCAGAGAGGACCUGGCAGUGUCAGACUCUUCCAGGAGCAAGGCCAAGGCCAGAGCAACCCUGGAUGAUCUUCUAGACACACUGAAGCUGCUGGAGGAGGAGCCGGAGCCGCUGCCUCACCCCAAGGCCUACCAUAAGAACAGAUAUGCCUGGACUGACGAGGAGGAGGAUGCCAACUCCCUGACAGCUGACAACCUGGAGAAGUUUGGGAAACUCAGUGCAGCCCCCAGCCCCCCUGAUGAUGGGACUCUGCUCUCAGAGGCCAAGCUACAGAGCAUUAUGGCCUUCCUGGACGAGAUGGAGAAGUCGGGACAGGAGCGGCCAGCACCCUGGUGGGAGAGCCUGGUGUUAGAGGCGGGCCCAGGGUCUGAGGGAAGCACACAGGUGAUGCGACUGAAGCUGGAGCUGGAGGAGAAGAAACAGGCCAUGGUUCUGCUGCAGAGAGCUCUGGCACAACAGCGUGACCUCACCGUUCGACGUGUUAAGGAGACAGAGAAGGAGCUGAACCGGCAGCUGCGGCAGCAGAAGGAGCAGUAUGAGGCCACCAUCCAACGGCACUUGUCCUUCAUUGACCAGCUGAUUGAAGACAAGAAAGUUCUGAGCGAGAAGUGUGAGGCGGUGGUGGCCGAGCUGAAGCACGGGGACCAGCGGUGUCGGGAGCGCAUGGCCCAGAUGCAGGAGCAGCACGAACUGGAGAUCAAGAAACUCAAAGAACUCAUGAGUGCCACCGAGAAAAUCCGGCGUGAGAAGUGGAUCAAUGAGAAAACGAAGAAGAUCAAGGAAAUCACAGUCAGAGGUCUAGAGCCUGAGAUCCAGAAACUAAUUGCCAAGCACAAGCAAGAGGUGAGGAGGCUCAGGGGCCUGCACGAGGCUGAGCUGCAGCAGCGCGAAGAGCAGGCCACACAGCGCCACCUGCGUCAGGCGGAGGAGCUGCGGGAGCACCUGGACCGGGAGAGGGAGGUGCUGGGCCAGCAAGAGCGGGAGCGCGCCCAGCAGAGGUUUGAGCAGCACCUGGAACAGGAACAGCGGGCCUUGGAGCAGCAGCGACGACGGCUCUACAAUGAGGUGGCGGAGGAGAAGGAGCGACUGGGCCAGCAGGCAGCCAGGCAGCGGGCGGAGCUGGAGGAGCUGAGGCAGCAGCUGGAGGAGAGCAGCGCGGCCCUGACUCGGGCCCUGAGAGCCGAGUUCGAGAGGAGCCGAGAGGAGCAGGAGCGGAGGCACCAGAUGGAGCUGAAGGCCCUGAAGGACCAGCUGGAAGCUGAGAGACAGGCGUGGGUGGCCAGCUGUGCCAAGAAGGAGGAAGCAUGGCUGCUGACCAGGGAACGUGAGCUGAAGGAGGAGAUCCGAAAAGGCCGAGACCAGGAGAUUGAGUUGGUCAUCCACCGGCUGGAGGCCGAUAUGACAUUGGCCAAGGAGGAGAGCGAGAGGGCAGCCGAGAGCCGUGUGAAGCGUGUGCGUGAUAAGUAUGAAACGGAGCUCUCAGAGCUGGAGCAGUCGGAGCGGAAGCUUCAGGAGCGGUGCUCGGAGCUGAAAGGCCGCCUGGGGGAGGCUGAAGGGGAGAAGGAGCGGCUGCAGUCCCUAGUACGGCAGAAGGAGAAGGAGCUAGAAGACCUGCGGGCGGUGAACACACAGAUGUGCAGUGAGCGGGCCAGCCUGGCCCAGGUGGUGCGGCAGGAGUUUGCAGAGCAGCUGGCAGCCUCCCAGGAGGAGACCCAGAGGCUGAAAUCAGAGCUGGCAGAGCUGCGGGCCCGCCAGCAGGUGGAGCUAGACGAGGUGCACCGGAGGGUGAAGACAGCUCUCGCGAAGAAGGAGGCGGCCGUGAACAGUCUCCGAAAACAGCAUGAGGCUGCCAUGAAGCGGGCGGACCACCUAGAGGAACUGCUGGAGCAACACAAAGGGCCAUCUUUGAGUUCUAAGUGACAUCGCCCUUGGGAUGACAAGCCAAGCCCGAGGCUGACGCUCAGUCCUGCGGCUGGUGUCUAGGUCACGCUCCAUGACAUGGGGCUAAGGGUAGGACAGCAGCUGGUGUGUGAGAGGCACCAUGGAGCCCAGUGCCCGGUACAUUACUGUCAGCAUGCCUGCAGCUGUUCUAUAGUAAAAUGGUUAGGUGGCUUUUUUAAACUGC